CUGAAGAUGGCUACGGAAUACGUAUUAAGCGUGGCAGCUAUUAAUAAAUAUGGAGUUGGAGAGGCUGUCGAAACUCCUGCGAUUACUACCGCUAGCCCCUUCAAAGCUCCGCAGAUCGCUCAGCCACCCAUCAUUUUCGACGUCAGUAGUGAUAGCUGUAUGCUGAAAUGGGAUAAGCCCAAGGAAGAUGGAGGGUCACCCAUCUGUGGUUACAAUGUUUUCCUCAGAGAGAAUGCCGGAGAGUGGACAAAGGUCAACAGUGAGCUCAUCUCCGGUACUCUUUUUUCAAUGGAAGAUCUUCGCCAAGGCGUAGCCUUCGAGUUCAAAGUAGAGGCUGUCAACGAAGCAGGACUAUCGUCGGACUCUAACUUGCCAUCGAAGCCGCUAAUCAUUACACCAACCUCAGUUUCGACAAAGUAG